AUGUCCUCUGAAUCCCUAUUCGUCGAACAAACUGCCGAGUCCAGUGAAGCUUCCGAAGUCAGCCCCGGGACAUCCACAGAAAACCUAGACACUGAACCGGACACCGAGCCACUCGUCGUUGAAGAACCCGAAGAACCAACUCCUCAAGUCACCAAAGACCCCAAAGCCAAGCCCUGGCCAACCGGCAAGCGCCAGCCUCAAGCAGCAGUAAACCUCACCUCGGACAAAGACUGGUUAGCCUGGGUCCAGUCGGAUCUCGUCAAAGUCCCAUGGAUCGAACUCUGGAAUGAUUACCUCCGCGGUCGUCCCCACCUCAAGACCGGCGUAUGCCUCAACGCCGUUGUGGAAAGACUCAAGGAGGGCGAGGCCGAUGAUAAAUGCCGGUUCUCCAUCGAUACACUGGAUAAAUCCGCCUGGGAUAAAUACGACCAUCAUGCGCGGUUUAUGUGGAGGGUGGCGGAUAACAACAUCCGCUCGAAUCGGGGGGUGUUUUAUGGCAAUAACAAGUCACCGCAAGAGAUCGCAUUGCUUAUCUGGGGGCUGAAGGAGUGGUUAAUAUUCUUGCAUUCGCCCGGACAGAUUGACAAGAGGAAUGGCGGGACGGCGAUUUUCGGCACGGGGAGGGGAUGA